AUGGCAGCCGUUACACUAUCGCCCGCAGGUCUCCAACGGUCGACAUUGGCGUCCGCCGAAGUAAAAGUCCUUUGGGCUUUUCUAUGGAUCCUACCACAGGCCCUGGCAAAGGAUUCCUGCGCAGGGCAAUCGUUUGGAUCCAGGGCUAUUGACUCCAAAGAUCCUCAUUCGUAUUAUCUCUGCCUGGGAUUCCUUGGGAGCAUAAAAAGUUCGUGUGAUAAUGGAGACUUAUUUAAUUAUGAAACGCAAGGAUGUAAGUCAGCCGUAACUGCAUUUAAAACCCAAAAAAAAAAUGAAGCCAAAAAGGAAAUUAACAUUAAGCAAGAUGUGAAAGUGGACAGACCUGUUAUAUUCAACAUCUUUGGAAACUUUAAUUUCUUUGCAAGCCUUUGGGGUAGCUCCCAGGAAACGACUCCUACACCCCUAGAAUCCAGCCCACUUGCUCACGUGCAUUUGUUACACAGCGCUGAGGAAGUUGAGGGUUUGUCUUUAAAAAAUCCGCCCAGUUCUGCAAGUCAAAAUGUUCCGCUAACAUCAAAUGAUUCUCUUUCAAGUACUACUGAGAAUAUCAUAUCCACUUCUACCCAAGAAAGCAGUUCGAAUCCUGCAGAAACUUCAACACCUGCUGAUUUAUCAUCAUCUGAAUCUACAUCAGAUAGUUCGAAGCAGGAAAUUAGCUCAAGCACAGAAAGUCCUUUGUCAACAGAAGCCUCCUUGGAAGAUAUAGUUAUUGGCUCGGAAAGUUCUUUGCCUGUAGAAUCGUCCACAGAGGUUAUCGGCAGUUCAGAUAAUCCUUCCACAGAGUCUGUUCCAGAAAGUUCCACUGAAGAAAGCAACUCAAGUCCUCCAGAAUCUCCAACAGGCUCUUCGGAGGAUAUAUCCUCAACCGAGUCUACAUCGGAAAGCUCUAUACAGGAAAGUAGCCCGAGCUCUGAAAGUCCUUCGUCAACCGAAGCCUCAUUGAAAGACAUAAUUGUAAGUUCGGAAAGUCCUUUUCCUGAAGAAUCAACAACAGAGGUUCUUUCAAGCUCAGAGAAUCUCUCGACAGAGUCUGAUUCAGAAAGUUCUACUCAAGAAGGCGUCUCAAGUCCUGUAGAAUCUUCAACAGGCGCCUCGGAUGAUUUAUCUUCAACCGAGUUUACAACGGAAAGCUCUUCAGUGGAAAGUAGCUCAAAAACUGAAAGUCCCUUGUCAACAGAACCUUCCAUAGAUGAUGUAUUUGUAGAAUCAUCAACAGAGGUUAUUUCAAGUUCAGAUAAUCCCUCAACGGGAUCUGAACUAGAAGGUACAUCCAGUACUGAAAUUCCAGAAUCUUCAACACUAGAAUCCAGCUCUGAGAGUCCUUUGUCAACAGAAACUUCUAUUGAUGAUAUAAGCACGGAAAGUCCUUUGCCCACAGAAUCAUCAACUGAGAUCAGUUCAAGUUCAGAUAGCUUAUCCAUAGAAUCCGAACCAGAAAGUUCCACUGAAGAAGCUAACUUAAGUUCUUUGCCUACAGAACCAUCAACAGAGGCGGUAGAGCAGUCUUCGUCAACAGAAUCUUCCCCAGAAAGUUCCACUGAAGAGAACAGCUCAAGUUCUGAAAACCCUACAGAACCAUCAACAGGGGUAGCAGAGGAGUCUUCGUCAACAGAAUCUUCUCCAGAAAGUUCUACUGAAGAAAACAGCUCAAGUACUGAAAACCCUACAGAACCAUCAACAGGGGCAGCAGAGGAGUCUUCGUCAACAGAAUCUUCUCCAGAAAGUUCCACUCAAGAAAACAGCUCAAGUACUGAAAACCCUACAGAACCAUCAACAGGGGUGGCAGAGGAGUCUUCGACAACAGAAUCUUCCCCAGAAAGUUCCACUCAAGAAAACAGCUCAAGUACUGAAAACCCUACAGAACCAUCAACAGGGGUGGCAGAGGAGUCUUCGACAACAGAAUCUUCCCCAGAAAGUUCCACUCAAGAAAACAGCUCAAGUACUGAAAACCCUACAGAACCAUCAACCGGGGUAGCAGAGGAGUCUUCGUCAACAGAAUCUUCUCCAGAAAGUUCUACUGAAGAAAACAGCUCAAGUACUGAAAACCCUACAGAACCAUCAACAGGGGCAGCAGAGGAGUCUUCGUCAACAGAAUCUUCUCCAGAAAGUUCCACUCAAGAAAACAGCUCAAGUACUGAAAACCCUACCGAAACAUCAACAGGGGUGGCAGAGGAGUCUUCGUCAACAGAAUCUUCCCCAGAAAGUUCCACUGAAGAGAACAGCUCAAGUUCUGAAAACCCUACAGAACCAUCAACAGGGGUGGCAGAGGAGUCUUCGACAACAGAAUCUUCCCCAGAAAGUUCCACUCAAGAAAACAGCUCAAGUACUGAAAACCCUACAGAACCAUCAACAGGGGUGGCAGAGGAGUCUUCGACAACAGAAUCUUCCCCAGAAAGUUCCACUCAAGAAAACAGCUCAAGUACUGAAAACCCUACAGAACCAUCAACCGGGGUAGCAGAGGAGUCUUCGUCAACAGAAUCUUCUCCAGAAAGUUCUACUGAAGAAAACAGCUCAAGUACUGAAAACCCUACAGAACCAUCAACAGGGGCAGCAGAGGAGUCUUCGUCAACAGAAUCUUCUCCAGAAAGUUCCACUCAAGAAAACAGCUCAAGUACUGAAAACCCUACAGAACCAUCAACAGGGGCAGCAGAGGAGUCUUCGUCAACAGAAUCUUCUCCAGAAAGUUCCACUCAAGAAAACAGCUCAAGUACUGAAAACCCUACAGAACCAUCAACAGGGGUGGCAGAGGAGUCUUCGACAACAGAAUCUUCUCCAGAAAGUACAACACAAGAAAGUAGCCAAAGUACUGAAAGCUCCUUAUCCACAGAAGCAAUAGUGGAGUCUUCGACAACAGAAUCUUCCCCAGAAAGUACAACACAAGAAAGUAGCCAAGGUACUGAAAGCUCCUUGUCCACAGAACUAUCCACAGAAGCAAUAGUGGAGUCUUCGUCUACAGAAUCUUCCCCAGAAAGUUCCACCCAAGAAAACCCGACUUCCGAGAAUCCAUCGACUUUAGAACCUUCAACAGCUACUCCUGACAUCACAGAAGUUUCGUCUUCUACUGCUGCAAAUCUUGAAAGUUCAACGGAAGAGAACAUUUCUAGCACUGAGAGUUCUCCUCCAGAAAGUUCAACAGAGGAUAUUAACUCAAGUUCCGAGAGUCCCUCGACCUUGAAUCCUUCUUCGGAUACCACAACUGCGGAAAGUAUAUCAAGCUCUGAGAAUCCAACAACCCAAGAUUCUUCAACAGGUUCCACAGACGCGCCAUCGACAGAACACCCACAAAGCUCGACCAUAGAUCCCUCACUGAAAACUACAACUGCGGGAAAUAUUCCUAGCUCCAAAAAUCCAUCCACAAUUACACCUCCAUGUACAUCGAAUCCAUCCACAAAUAUUCCAGACAAUCCACUUACCACAGAAGAAUCACUUACUACCACGAAGAAAGAUGGUGACUCCGGAAAUAGUGGUUCCGAAAGCGGUAUCUCGACAGAGCCAUCUCCACAAAGUACAACAGAGCUAAAUCUUUCUAGUUCCGAGAAUCCCGUGAGCACAGAAGCUCCAUUGGAAACUACAACGGAUGGGAACACGUCCAGUUCCAAAGCGUCAUCUACCAGUACGAUUCCAUGUACAGGAGUUCCAACUAGUCAAGGAUCUACAAAGAAGCCAUCGACAACAGAACCAUCACCAGGUACCUCAGAGAAAGACGGAAACGCCGGAAACAGUGAUUCCGAAAGCGGUGUCUCGACGACGACAGAAGCCUCCUUGGAAACUACAACGGAUGGGAAUAUCUCUAGUCCCAAAGGGUCAUCUACCAGCACGAGUCCAUGUACAGGUGUUCCACCCGCGCAGAGUUCUACAAAGAACCCAUCAAUUUCAGUUCCAGAACAAGGAUCAACCGCAAAACCUCCAACUGAAACGACCACGGGACACCAACAAGAAAGAACCGAUUGCAGCAACUUGCCCAAUGGAGUCUUCCUGAGAGACGCCCAGUCUUGCAAUAAAUAUUAUGUCUGCCUGAACGGUAAACCCAUCCACGGCAAUUGUCCCAGAAAUCUGAACUUCGAUAUUAAGAGGAAAGUCUGUAAUUUUCCCAGUUUAGUCGAUUGCUCCGUCGAUGAGCUCUUGGAACCUGUUACCAAGAAACCCUCGAGCACAGAAUCAUCUGCUGAAUGCAAAUCCCUGCCAAAUGGCGCUUAUGUUAGAGAUUCGAAGUCCUGCAGUAGAUUCUAUGUUUGUGCUAAUGGACGUGCUAUAUCUCGUCAAUGUCCUCGGGGCUUACACUUUGAUAUGAAGUCAAAGUUCUGCAACUACCCAAGCCUGGUUCAGUGUUCAAUAAAUGAGGAUCAGUCUAACAACCAUACAGCAUUACUAGCAGAAGGUGUCCCGGAUUGCAGCAAAAUCGAGGAUGAUACACGAUUCGCUGACGUCAAGCAGUAUAAUAAGUACUAUGUCUGCCUGAAGGGAAAGGCUGUUUUGCAUUACUGCAGUCCAGGAUAUUGGUUCGACCGUCGUAGUCAGAAAUGCAUUGACCAACGGCUGGCGAAGGUUAUUUAAUCAGAGAAGAUCUUAAAAUAUAAGUAACAUGAUCUUUAAACUAGUUAUAGGAAAUUGGUGAAAGGGUGAUUAAAUGUAUGGUAUAUAAUGGGUUGAUGGGUAAUAUUUAAUGUAUCAAAAUAUCUUAGAGUGGUUACUGACUCAAAAGUUACAAGCAGACUCUAAUACGACCUAGCCAGUUGAAGAGUACAAACUCGAUCUGUCUAGGAUUUAUAUUAACGAAUAAACUACUUACAAACUAUCUAACAAUUUAA